CUCAGAAAUGCGGCUCAGAGCUCAGUCCUUCAUCACAGACACACACAGACACCAAAUGGCUGCUGUCCAGAAGCUCGCACAGUUCGGCACUGCCCUCGUCCAAUCGAGUGGCAAGCUCGUCAACACCACCAUCCGCUGCGCUGAGACUGUCGCGCCGCACGUCAAGACCUUCGCCAAGAACGCCAAGGCCGAGCUCCUCCCUCCCCUGCCAGCAGAGUUUGGCGAGGUCUCGCGCGACGCCAGCAAGGUCAUCCACUCGGCCCAAAAACUCUCCUUCCUCAACCUCCCCAUCAAGGAGGCCGUCCAGAAGACCCUUGUCGGCGUUGAGAUUGCUUGCUGGUUCUUUGUCGGCGAGAUUAUUGCCCGUGGCAGCCUUGUCGGCUACGCAGACAAGCACGCCGAUGCCCACCACGACGCCCAUCAUUAACCAAGAGGGGGAAAAAACAACAAAAUAGAUCGUCCUCGUCUCCCGUGAACAACAAUCAACCACCGAGGAGGCGCAACGCGUCUUUGUGCAAGGCAAUGUUGAAUGCUCUGGGAUUGGUGGCUUUGUUUGAGCGGACCGGUGAUUUGAGUUUUUUUUUUGUUUUUUUUUUUUGUUGGUUUGUGUUUGUAUGUUGUGUGUGUGUGUUUGUGUGUGUGCGUGUAUUUGUGAAUGUAGUUAUGACCUCAUCCAACCCA